AUGGGGUGCCGUGUGAAGCCUGCGGCGGCCUGGCAGGGUUCCGGGGCGCGGGGCGCAAGGUGCCCUAGGGGUGCAGCCGGGGAGCCGGAGCGCCCUCCCCCGCCUGGCUGGCUGGCGCGUCUGCGCUGCGACCAGCCGGGCGGCCGUGCGGGACGCCUGCAGGGAGGCCCCGCGGUUCCGCGCUCGGAGAGGGUGGGGGGCAGGCCCAUCGCGAUCGCGACUCGUCCCGGCGUCGCGGGCCCAGGCCCUGCCGCGGUCCGGGCCCCCACGGCAGGCACCCCCGCCCGAUGCGGAGCCGGCGUCCCGGGCUCCCGCGGCCUUGCGCGGCCGGGAGCGGCUCGGGAAGUUCGCGCGGAUCCGAUGCAGAAGUUGGCGCCCGGAAGAGUGGGGCGCAGCGGGGGCGUCUCCGGCCGUCUCGGCCAGGCGUGCGGCGCCUCCGGGUCGCCGCUUUCCUUCUCCGGACGCCGGAGCGCCGGCCUCGCCGGGGAUUACCCGGGCGUCUCUCGCGAGGCGAGGCGCGAGUCUCCCAAAUCAGCGCAGGGUGCAGGCCGCUUCCCGGCAGAGGUGCUUGCGGGCGAGGAGAGCCCACUAACUUUUGCUUUCCUGCCGGUCGGCCCAGGAGCUCGCCUCCCGCCAAGGGCGACCGCGCCAGCCCUGCGCCGUGAAAGGGGAGCCCGCGCCCUCCCGCACCUCGAGGGGCCCCCGGGCCUUCCGCGGGCGCCAGGGUGGCCCCUUUGCCGACCCGCUGGCGUCCCGGAUUCCUGGGCUCGGGGAAGUGCACCAGGCCUGGAGGGAACACAUAAGGACAAAUUAAAAAGAGAGAGAGAAAUAUCCAAAUAUUAAGCACUGAGGAUUUGGAUCUAAAAAUGGAUGGUCAAAGAUCUUGGGAACUAAGGGACCUUCUUGCCAAAUAAGGAUACUUGGCAGGCUACACUGUGUAUUUUAAGUUAGCACAAGAGUGAGUGUUAUUGGCAAUAUAUUGGCUGAAUGCCUAUCUGGAAAGAGCAGUGAAACUGACUUUGAUAGGGCUUCAAAAUUAUAAACAGGAGUUAAGAGGGGCAUGGAGUGAAUAAUCUAGUCAUCAGAGAAAACACUGGAGAAAUUACAGUGAUGUUUCAUGAAAAGGGGUCAGACAUGGAGUGAAACUAUUAGUGUGGGGUGAAAGAGAAAAGUGGAUAGUUGAUUUUAGAAAUUGUUAGAUUCAGAGGAAAGAAAGAGAAUCAGUGGUUAAAAAAAAAAAAAAACAGAGAAGAGUGUUUGUGGUGAUAUAAUCCUUCUUGGAAUAAGAUAGCCUUAUAUCUGUAUCCAGAGAUGUUGGAAGUCAAAAUUAAUUUGCAUCAUUUGCUUUCCAUUUUAUUUGACCCAGGACAGAAUGACAGGGAGCGGAUGUCCUGUCUCUCUGAAUGCAAUAGAAACAGCUCAGGCACCUUUUGGUGUACUGCAGGGAUCAUUUAGGCUACUUCUUGUGUGGCUAUUAACCUUGUCCCACUACACACAAAUAAGCAGAGUUCCAGCUGUGACCAGGAAACUGUACCUGGGAAGGAAAGAGAGCUAUAAAUGCUCGAGCUUAGAUUGGUCUGACUGAUAUGUGGGUGCUUUUGUGUCAGACCCUCCUCUGGACAGCUGAACCAUCGAUUAUGCUCUAAUAGCAGUUAAAUAAUCCCAACACAGUAGAAGAUGCUGUGAGAACAAAGAAGCCAGGCAUUUGACAUCCUAAUCCCAGCGUCACAAUGGCUUCUGGGAAAUUAAAGCCUCAUGUUGAACUUUAGGUAAAUGGUAAGCAAUCUAAUAAUUACUAGAAUAAGAAAAGGGUUUGUUUAAAGGGAGGGGAAAAAAAGACAAGUUAGAAAGAGAAGGCAGAAUGAUAGCAUGGGGAAAAUAUGGUGGAAAAAAUGUUGUGACUUUGAAGUCAGACCUGAAUAUGAAUCUCAGUUGUGUCACUUUUAAGUUAGGCAACUUUUACAUGCUUGAUCCUCAAUUUCCUCACAUGCAAAUUGGGGACAGUAAUCCCUGCUUCCUAAGCAGAAGGAUAUGAGACAGCCCAUGGAAAUGCUUCAGCCAGCACAUGAAACUUCAGCCACCAUCACUGAGUGGUGGAGAAGGGGUUUUCCACAUUCCCGAGUUACUGAGAGAAAGCUGCCUGUCUCACCUGUUCCCAGCUAAGGCUUGCCCUUGGUAGCCUGCCCUGUUUCCAGAUUAUACUUAUGUGUACAUGGAGGGCUAGCAGAUUUUCAUAGCUAUUUUCCUGCUUUGCAUAUAAGGAUUUCUAAAGCAACUUUGUGCAUACCUCUGGGUUUAUGCACGAUUUAUACACAGCUUUGUAAUAUUCUUGGGGAGGGGGAGGAGAAUCUGAAAAUUAGUACAUUUGAAUUUGAAGAAUUUCAGAGCUAUAGGAAUAGUGGUUGAUUAUGACCUAGAAGACCAAUAUUGAAACCAUUCUUACAGCUAAUUUUGAGCACAGAUUACCUUCAGGGACCAACGUUCUUUAUGGACUCAUCUCUGGACCUCCAAAGAAGAAAAUAAAAAAGAGAAGGCAAGAGUUGCUGCCUGAAGAUCAUGGAGUAAAUCUUUGCUGAUUGAACUUUUCUACCAAAAUGUCCUAUUUAGGGGAAGAAUGCAUUCCUUCAGGGAUCUGUAGGUAUAACCAUAAAUAUUUCCGGUGUAAGCAAGCACCUUCUCUCAGAUCCUGCAUUUAAUCUUAAAAAUUCAGGUGACCUUGGCAUUCUUUUCUGUACUGUUUGACUUGUUGAACAAACCACUACAAACAAAUGCCAAGCAUCUUUCUUCCCCCAAAUCUUAAAGGAAAAUCAAUGCUGUAAGAUGUGUGUUGUUCAUAUACCUUCUUCACAGAGCUGGGUACUCCCCCUGAGGGAGCACCCAUGUUUGAGGAGCUUGGACCUGUUUCUGGUAAAUGGUACUGCACCAUUGAGCUUCACAGCCCAGCCUGAUGCAUGGGGUAAUGCAGUUCCAUUAUGCUGAGAAAAGAAUAGUGUAGAUUGUCAUCCAAAGAGUUUUUAUUUUCUGUGGUCACACUGGGGCUUUCAAGGUCAGAAAAGCUCUUUGCUUUGGAAGUCAAGAAGAGGGGGAGAUAGUUGUGGGAUAGGAAUGUGAAGUAUAGUUUCACCUUCUCAGCCAGUUGAGGAGGGGAAAUUUAGGAGGACAGCCCAGUCAUCUCCAUUAUUCCCGCCAUUGACAUUGACACCGGGCUCCUCCACAAGGGAGGGCUCUGUGUGUGUCAGGUUCAUGACUGUAUCCCUCAGAAGGGAAGGGAGAGGUUGGUUAGUCAUGGCGUCCUCACAGGGUUGGAGUGAAUCUUUACGAAACUCUUCAUUCCUCUCCUGGUCUCCUCCCCCACUCCCCUUGAACACGCUCAGUGAUAAGGAACUCACUACCUAACAGGGUGGCAUAUUUUCUUGUUAGGCAGCUCUGAUAACCCUGAAUUCCAUCUGUAACUUGUCUACAGAUAGCCCGGCCUCUGGCUCUGUGAUACAUACUGUAGAGUCUUCCUUUGGUCUUAUCUAAUGCUAAUGCCCCGGGUUUUGUUUGUUUUCUUGUUACUUCAAGGUUACCAAGUUUUAACUCUCAUAUUUCCCCUUCUUCGGGAACCUUUAUUCUAGGUUUGUCCAAAAUUAAUGGCAACCCACUCCAGUGUUCUUGCCUGGAGAAUCCCAUGGAUAGAGGAGCCUGGUGGACUAUAGUCCACAGGGUCGCAAAGAGUCGGACACAACUGAGCGACUGCACUUAUUUACACUUAGGAAGGUGAGAUACUUUCUAUUUGACAAAAGUAGAAAUAAGAAUAGAAACAAGAGCUGAGCAGAAGCAGAAUCUUGAGUGGGUGGGCUUAUUUACCGAGUAAAUCUUUCUUACUUAUUAGCAACUGCUUUCUCCUCCACCCCAACCCGCACCCCCAACACCUGUGAAUUCCUCUUCUAGCCAACCCAUAGAAAUAUGCCCACUCCAUGCUUUUUUGCUGUAGUCAGACUCUGACCUUGUUCUCUUCCUCAGGCCUCCAAUCACUCAGUGCUCAAAACUUGUAAUUGUUUGACACGAGAAACACCUGCACUGAUCCAUGUCCUGGGUUGUACCUACCGGGAGUCUCCUAGCUAGGCUUCUGUUUGAGCAGGGACACAUUUCCACAGGGCAUUUUUGGGCAUCAGUACCCCUUCUCCCUACAUUUCUGUUCCUCAUGUAUUUUGCUUCUAGUAACAACAUUUCUGGCAAGAAAAUAUGUCAUAGAAGUCUCUUUGUUAACUGAAGUAUUUACCCUGUGGCUCAAGUAGAGAUUUAUGUUCAUUUCAGUUCAA